CGUGCCAGGCCAUUUGGGACUUUUCCUGCUUUAGAAUUGUACAUAUUGUGCAGUAUUUUGUUGUCAUAUUUUCACAAGAAGUUCGCCUCUAUGGCAAAAUGGAUGCUUACAGGAAUCUAUUGUGUCCUAUUUGUUGCCACGAAUAUUACAAACAAGUAUGUCUUAUCUGUGCUUCACUUCACAUACCCGACAUUAUUCCAAGAAUGGCAGACAUUAGUUGGCGUCAUUGUUCUAUUUGGGGCUGCCAAUCGAGGCUAUAUCAAACUGACUUAUGACAGGUCAGCUCUGUUGCCAUGGUUACCUGCAAUGAUGUUCUUUGUGCUGAGUAUCUACGCAGGAUCCAAAGCUCUGUCAAAACUUGUUGUUCCAGCAUUUGUCAUCCUUCAAAAUAUCGUAGAAUUUCCUGCUUACAUCAUUGGAAUAUUUCUUAACAACCAACCGACCAGUUUGCCCAACAAAGUCAGUUUGGUUGCUGGGGUGAUUGCGGCGUUACUUACAUGGAUAACAGAUCCACAGAGAGACGAGAAGGACAGUGUGGACGGAUAUUUCUGGAUGUUAAUUUACAUCCUCUCAGCCAGUUCCUUUGCCUCAUACUCCUCAGUCAGAGGAUCGGCAGUUAACCUCAGUGAGGUGGAGAAGUUGUUGUAUUGCUAUUUCUUUAGCGUUGUUGCUCUUUCUCCAGCUAGCGUUAUUCUCGGUGAUAUCUUGGCAUCUAGGGAUUUUCCUCAUUGGUAUUUGCAUCAAUUCUACGUCGGCUGCAUUCUUAGUGGUGUUCUCGGAGCUGCUUUAAAUCUGACUGGUAUCUGUGUUAGCCGGUGCCCAGAGUCAUCAUUGCUAUCAGGACUAACCAUAGCCAAUGCCAAGACCAUGCUUAUCUUGUCAUCCGUGGUCAUCUUUGAGAGGACAUUCACAGGAGACUUUGCUCUAAGUGUGUUCCUAGGAAUCAGUGCGUACUCGGUGUUUACGGUUACCAAGACAACAAGCAGCACCAUAGCAACGGAUGAACUGGGUGUCAAACACGAGGCUGAAAGACUGGAAAAUACAUGACAUCGGUUCCCAUGGUGAUCCAUGACAUCAGUUCCCAUGGUGAGACAUGACCCCAGUUUCCAUGGUAAUCUCCCCAACCCAUGUCUUUCUUGAUCAAGCCAUUCACAAGGGUUCUUAUAUGUGGUUUUUAACGGUACUUGCCAGCAUAUUUAAAACAAUCAAGCCCCAUAUUUUUUUAGAACAAUAUUUAAAGGAAAGUACGUCUAUACAUAAAAGAAUAGAUCCUUUAAGAAUCGACUUAUAGAAUCAGAUUUAUAAUGUUCAACUUUCAUGUUAAACCCACCAAAAUUCAUUGUUGAACCCAAAUUGUCAACAUUUUGGCUGUUUGAAUUUUGAAAUAUGUUUAUCUU